UUGACACUUCUUCUAACAUAAUUGUUAUUGUUUCAAUGUCGAUCUAGAAUUUUGGUUUGAUUAAACAAUAAAUAUGCUAGAAAACUCCUAAAGGUUUUAGUAGGACCGCAAUUAAACAAUUUUAAAAUGGACUAUGUCUAUAACAGUGGUGAUGGCGUCGGCCGCAGCGACGAUGUUAUUACAUUGACAAUGUACCACAACCAAUCAAGGACCGGUCAUUAUUCUCCCAGUUUUCGAUCGUUCAGUAUUAUGGGACAAAGCGAUCCAGAGUAUUCUGAGUUCGGAACAGUAUUAGCUGACGGAGGCGAUCGGUUUGCUGUGUCAGCAAUUUGUUUUGAUAGUCAAGAAGAGCUGCUGUGGAUGGGAAAUGCAGGUGGCCAUGUUACAUCCUACUUUGGUUCGGGAAUGGACAAAUACACGUCUUUUCAAGUUCAUGCAACAGAGCCAGUUUGCCAAAUCCUAACGAUUGACAAUGGCAUUUUAGCAUUAACUCAUACUUCGUUGCGACAUCAAAUUCGUCGCGGUAUACCGAAAUUUACACAUCGAUCGUCGAAUAUGAUUGACCUGCGAUGCAUGUUGCUGUUGUCAAAUCGUUUAAUUAUGGGAGGCAAUCAGGAUGACAUAAUUGAUUUAGAUUUGGCCACACUUACGGAAACUAAAGCUGCUUCGGGGCAAUCUGGAUGUGCCAUUUUGAGAAAACAUCGCUUUUUAUGUGCCGGUGAUGCAUACGGAAAAGUAACGUUGUACGAUCCAAACUCAUUGAGCAUUGAGCAUACGAUAAGCACGCAUCAGGGAUUGUCUGACUUUGAUGUUCAAGGAAAUUAUUUGAUUUCUUGCGGCUAUACCGAACGGCAAGGAUUAGUAAACGUCGAUCGGUUCUUAAUGGUGCAUGAUGUGCGAAUGCUGCGAGUCGUGCAACCAAUUCAAUGUCUAAUAGAGCCCGUGAUGAUGAGAUUCAUUCCGUCGCAAUACAAUCGGCUGGCAGUUGUUUCAGACACCGGCCAAUUGCAACUUGUGGACACAGUGGAGCUGAGUGAACCGAAAAUCUGCAUGUAUCAGGUGACGAACAGUAACUCAUGCUCAUGUUUUGACAUUUCGACCACAUCUCAUGUGAUGGCGUUUGGAGACCGAACCGGUCACAUUAGCCGAAUAUGUGCGGUAAACGUGGAGGAACCACCGAUAAACUCGUUUUCGAGAGAAACGGAAUUCGCUGACGUAAUUCCACCGCUACCGCCAGUUUCGAUAACUGACGAAAACUUUCCAUUGUCUUCUAUUUCGCUUCCACAUUUAGCAACUGGUGAUCGUUACUUCAGCGACUUCCCGCCCGAGUUGUUAGAAUAUAGGUUCCGUCGACCGAAACCUAUCGACCCGGAAAUUAUAGCUACAAUGAAAAUGAAAGGACCCAUUGGCUAUGCACCCAAUCCGAAGACGACCAGACGGAAUCAGGUACCGUACAAUUUGGAUCCCAAUUCGAACAGUCUGAGUUCAGUGCCGGUGUCCAAUUCGAAAGGAAUCGAGGUUUCGACAAAACUGAUUCCGAAACGAUACCGCAGAGUCGAAGUGAAGUAUACGAAACUUGGCGCACAAGAAUUUGAUUUCGAUCAGCACAAUCAAACUGGAUUUGCUGGACUUGAAGCUACACUACCAAAUGCGUACUGUAAUUCCAUGUUGCAGGUGUUGUAUUUCAUAAGUCCAUUGAGAAAAACAUUACUCGCACACUCAUGUUCGAAAGAAUUUUGCCUAUCGUGCGAAUUAGGAUUUUUAUUUCAUAUGCUGGAUACAUCCUCAGCCGACGCCCCGUGCCAGGCAAGCAAUUUUCUACGUUCAUUCCGAACAGUACCGGAGGCAUCGGCACUGGGCCUAAUUCUAUCCGAUUCCAGUACAAAUGUUAACUUUGCCAGCUUGAUUCAAAACUGGAAUCGAUUCAUUCUGCGUCAGAUACAUUACGAGAUUCUGGAAUCGAGGAAACACAACCAACCGCUGAUGAAUCUGAUCAAUAAGCCUGAUCAGACACCAGAAUUCUUUUACAAAGAAUCUGAUUUUCCGACCAUAAAUUUGUCGGAAAUUUUAAAAAAGAGUAAAAGCGAGGAAAUGUUUCAAUUCAUUGAUGUGUAUGCAGGUGAACCAAACGAGAAGCUAGAUGGCGAAGAUGAAAGCAAAGAUGAGGAGACUGAAAUUAGCCGACUUUUCGGAACAAAGCAAAAGUGCAUCCACAGAUGUUUGAAGUGUAAUGAAGAGAAAUCGAAGAACAACAUUCUGUUGGUGUGCAACAUGCUAUUGCAAUCGAAUGGCCGCGAAAACGAAAGCGUUUCCUUUUGCCAAAUUCUGAAGAACUCUUUGAGCGUCGAAAAAACAAUCAAAGCGUUUUGUGAUAAUUGCCAAAAGUUCUCACCAACGAAUCAAUAUGCUCGGGUUGUUGAUCUACCUCAAAUUCUCUCCAUAAAUUGCGGACUGACUCAUGAAAAAGACUUGACAUUCUUAAAACGACAAAUGAACCGGACGUUUGCAACACCUGCGACCACUUCGGAUAGUUCCAGUGCAGCUAAUCCUCCAAUGAAACAAUGCCGAUAUGGUUUGAACUGUUCAAGGGUCGAUUGUCAUUUUACCCAUCCAGAUCGAAAAUCGCCGACUUCGUCAGCCAUUCCAAUUACUCCACCAUCACAUACAAGAUCCAACACCUGGUUCCCACUUAAUUUUUCAAUGGAAAUCGAUGAGACGUCCGAACUGAAAAUCGAUUCGAGUAAUAAUUGCGAAACAAUAACCACAUCGCCGUCAGCUUCUGAUGCCAGUGGCGAUGCAACAACAGCUCAAUCAGAAAAUGAGGACAAAAAUGACAAUGAUGAAACUACUGCCGCCGCUACCACUAAAACCGUUUUAAAACAGAAAGAUUACAAACUAUCAGCGGUUGUAUGCGAAAUCAACGACUCGAAUCAGAAUCAGAAGCAUCUCGUUGCGCUGGCUUACGUUGGAAGUAGUUACCACCAAAUGAAGCUUGGUGAUACUACUAACAGACCGGGACAAUGGUACAUUUUCAAUGAUUUCAGCAUCGCACCCGUUUCCGUACAGGAAGCAGUUUGGUUUACAUUAGACUGGAAACAGCCCUGUGUGUUGUUUUACAGUUGUUGUGAUGUUGCCGACACCGAAGUCGCCUUGGAUCAGUACAUGAAUCCGUUUGUUCAUGACGUUUUCAGUCAACAAAUCUGCAAGAACAAACGCUAUGAUAUGAAAUUUAAGCCACUUUCGACGGCUGAAAUGCCAGCUAGAGGAGACUUGGUAGCUAUGGAUGCUGAGUUCGUCACUUUAAAUCCAGAAGAAAAUGAAAUUCGUGAUGGGAAAACGGCAACAAUUAAACCGUCCCAUAUGAGCGUGGCACGCAUAACAUGCAUAAGAGGCCAAGGUUCUGACGAAGGUGUACCUUUCAUCGAUGAUUACAUUUCAACGCAAGAGCAGGUCGUUGACUAUUUAACGAAAUUUUCUGGCAUUAAGCCUGGAGACUUGGAUGCGAAUUUCAGUAACAAACAUUUGACCACGUUAAAAAAUUCGUAUCAGAAAUUGAGAUUUUUGGCCGAUUCUGGUGUAAUUUUUGUGGGACAUGGACUGAGCAAUGACUUCCGGGUGAUCAAUAUGAUUGUUCCACCCGAACAAAUUAUCGACACGGUUCAUCUCUUUCAUUUGCCUCAUCAACGUAUGAUUUCAUUAAGAUUCCUCGCCUGGCACUUUUUACACACGAAAAUUCAAUCCGAAACUCAUGAUUCCAUCGAAGAUGCCCGAACUGCACUGCAACUGUACAAGCAUUACUUGGAAAUUGAGAAACAAGGCCGUUUGAAUGCAGAAAUUGCAGUUCUAUACGAAAAGGGCAAGCAAUUGUCGUGGAAAGUGCCACAAGACUAAUUUCAUUUAAGCAUCGAAAAAAAAAAGUUAGUUUUGUAAGCCGAGUCAUUGAUUUCGUGUUUCUUUCUUAGUUUAAAAUGAAAGUUUAGAAUUUAUGAGAAGAAUAUUUGCCAGCUCAUUGAUUUUUACUUGAAGAUUUUUUUCUUCUAAUAAAUCUAUUUGGAUUCAAA